AUGCUGGCCGACAUCGUCAAGUACGCGCGGUGGCUCUGGGAUGCUGUGCUGCUCCCGUAUGUCAUCACCUCCAUAUCAAGUCUUGCCUCAGAUGGCUGGGAGUCCGUCACCCACCUGAAGGAGAGUGUCGUCGUGCUCUUGUACUUCUUAUGCGGUUGCAGCCACCGCACCUUCCCGUUGUCGCGGUCAGCCGUGGAAGCGCAGCGAUCGGCGACCGCCGUCGCUGCAGCAGCAGGAGCGAGUAAGGCGAGCGUCGCUAAAUCGGCGACUACAACUCUUCGCAUGACGCAGCGGAGCUACAACUCCGUUAGCGAGGGGGAGGAAAACGACACUGACAGCGAGGCGGACGUGAAGCAGGGGCAGCAGGCAAACCUCUCCAUGGGCGCCACAGCAGCAACAGGAGAACCCACAGCGUCGGGGCGGUGCGUCGACGAGGGCGACGGCGAUGGCGUCGAUGAUGGGCCACCACUCAUUCAGCGCCGUCUGCUGUUCGGCAAGAAGGGUGAAGUAGAGGGGUGGAUGUCGGCCGUGCGUAGUCGCCUCCUCGUCCCACCACAUCACCCGCUGUUCACCUCACGCAGUUUACACCAGCUCGUGAGCAUCGUGGUCGGCCCCAUCCAGCAGCCAACAGUGUCGACGAUGCCGACACGUCACCCGGAGCCGCAGUGGCCGCCGCACUUCUUAUGUGCCAGCAACAGUGGAUGUGGCGGAGGUAUCGGCAGCAGGAGCGUCCAGGGAGACCCGUCGACGGACGAUAACAGCAGCUCCAACUCGAGCAUUACGCCUCAAACGCUGCGGCAGCGCACGAACGCGGCCGCAGCGGCGCCACGAUGCCGUCAGGCCUCCUCAGUUGUCUAUAAGCGCGUGAGCAGCCGCAACCUGGACUUCUCGAGCUCGGGCGUCCCGCCACACCUCAUAGCGAGCAUCACGGCCCACCAUGUGCUGAGCUACCCGGCUACACGUCAGAAGGUGCUCGUCAUGGACCUCGACGAGACUCUGUGCCACGUCUCCACCACCACGGCGAACAUGGAGGGCCCACCGACAUUCUCUGAGGUCAUCCCGACCGCCUCGGGAGCGGAGCUCUUUCACGUGUGGGAGCGGCCGUACACUCGCCUUUUUCUUUCCACAGCCGCGAAGCUAUUUAACCUUGUCCUGUUCACCUCCGCGUCGAAGCCAUACGCCGACACGAUCCUGCAGCGCAUCGACCCAGACCACCUCUUGAAGUAUCGCUACUACCGGCAGGACUGCCGGCUUGUCCCGCGGGGGCUGCUGCGCAAAAUGUGCGCGGCCGCAGGCAUGCGCGGAUUACCGCUGGCGGCGGGCGGUGGGGGGAACAGCGGCGGCGUUACACGCGGCUCCAGCGAUCGCGGCCGUGGCGGCGGCGGCGGCAACAGCAGCGCUAAGCCGGCGGGUGGCCUCUCCUCAGCCGGGGGCAUGGACAACCGCAGAAGCGUUUCUACGACCAAUAGCGACAAUGACGUCAACAGGAGCGGUGGCGACUGUGGGGGGUCCACACGUGGCGGGGGUAACACGCUUCCUUCUGAGGCCAAGGGAUCACUGCGGGGUAGCGGUGGGACAGCGAUCCACGAUCACACAUUGACGGCAUCGCCGUUUGUUGGCCCAUCUCCCAACCGUGGCGGCGUUGACACGGGCCUCCCCGCUAUCGAGAAGGCGGCAAUGAACGAGCACACCAAGGUGCCGGUGAAGGACCUGCGGCUGCUCAAGGUGCCGCCGGAGCUGCUUGUCAUGAUCGACAACUCGGAGGAGUGCACACUCGUCAACCCGGAGAACGCAUUGGUGGUGUCGCCGUACAUCCCGGCGCUGUCAAAAAUCGCCCCACCGGCGCGCGAGACGACGCGGCGACGGGGCACUCGCGGUCGUGACGAGCGCAGCGUCGGGGGUGGCGCCGCAGCGGUGCAACCUCAGAGCAAACUGAAGACCAGCGACGAUGCUGCGGGCGAUACAUCAGAGGGAGGCAUCGCUACCGACGCAUCGUCAAAUAUAAAUGACGGCGGUGCCGGUCGUUUGCAGGCCGCUGACGACGAUGAUGUCGCAGGCGGAACCUCGGAUGACUCCAUCAUGGCUGACGACAUCCCCACCAACGACGUCCCUGAAGACGACGAGGAUGAAGUGCUUCUUGCGCUGCUGUCACUGCUGGAAUGCCUGUUGGUGGUUCCCGACGUGCGGUCUAUCCUGCGGCACGGCAAGCUCUACUAG